GGUAGAUUCUCAGCAACUGAUUAUAUUUCUUUGAGAUGUCAAUAGAAAUUUAUUAAAAACAAAAAGCAUUAGCCUAGAUGGUUGCUCCUGUCGUCGCCAACACCUUGGCCUCAGAAUUGGCCUCUUCCUGAGUAGGCUUAUGGAUGGUUGGUGUAGAAAGACAAGCACAAAAUAGAGAACGGAUGAUUGCUGAGAGUUUGAGGGCUGCAGGGGAGGAUGAGCAAUCCAACGGCGUAGAUGUUUAAAGCACGUCAUCAUAAUGUUUGCUGACUGUUUAAAAAGAUUAGAUCUGAAUUUUUCUUGCAGAGCUCCGUGGAGGUUACAUGCAGUUGAAGCAAAUUCCUUUUCAACUGAUUGCCAGAAUGCCACUAAUUGCAGAAACCAUUGCCGAACACCUCCAGCAAUGCAUGUCUUUGGAAUCACUUAGACAGAUUCAUGCUCAGAUAAUCAGCAACGGGCUCCACUCUGAAAACUACUUGGCUGUGAAGCUCGUGACCUGCAGUAAAGAAUUGGGCAAUAUUGCUUAUGCCCGCAUGAUUUUCAAUGGUUUAAUAGAUUCUGCAAAUGUAUUCCUGUGGACAGCUAUGAUUACGGCCUACUCGAAGCAGCAGUCUCAGAUCACAGCGGAAGCUAUUUGGAUUUAUAAAAUGAUGUGUCAACAUGGAAUCCAACCAAACAGUUUCACCCUUUCAUCUGUUCUCAAAGCAUGCUCCUUUUUGUCAGCCGUUAAAGAAGGCAAGCAGAUCCAUGUCUAUGCUGCUAAACUGGGACUGGAUUCUGAUGUUUAUGUGCAAACUACACUGAUGGACAUGUAUGCCAAGUUUGGCUGCAUUCAAGUGGCGACACAUCUCUUUGAAACCAUCUCUGAGAAGAAUGUUGUUGUAUGCAAUGCUAUGAUAGUGUGCUAUACCAAGGCAGGGAAUAUUGAAGCUGCAAGAGGAAUCUUUGAUAAGAUGCACCAUAGGGAUUCAAUCUCGUGGACUGCAAUGUUAUCGGGUUAUACUAAUCGUGGAAAUAUGCAUGCUGCACAGGAACUUUUCAAUCAGAUGGCAGAGAGAGAUGUUACUUCUUGGAAUGCUAUGAUUACUGGGUAUUCUCACAGUGGAGACUGGCUUAUGGCUCUAGAGCUCUUUGAUAAGAUGCGGUCAGAAAAUAUAGAACCCAAUCAGGUAACAAUGGCUGUUGCCAUUUCGAUCUGUGGUCAGUUGGGAGCUCUAGAUAUGGCAAGACAAAUGCACGAGUACUUGAAGAAAACUGGGGUGGAAAUGAAUGUCCACAUUUUUAAUGCCUUGAUUGACAUGUAUGCUAAAUGUGGAAGUGUGGAUGAAGCUCAUAGUGUGUUUGGUCAGAUGUCCGUCAAGGACACAGUAUCAUACAAUGCAAUGAUUGUGGGCUUUGCCAACCAUGGCCAGGGUCAGGAUGCCCUGAACCUCUUCUUGGAGUUUCUGGAAGGCGGGGCACGGCCAGAUAGAAUCACCUUUAUUGGUGUCUUGACUGCAUGCAGCCACGCUGGGCUGCUGGAAGUGGGCCGGCAAUACUUUGAUUGCAUGACAAGAGAAUAUGCAAUUGAGCCAACCGUUGAUCAUUAUGCAUGCAUGGUCGAUCUCCUUGGUCGUGCAGGACUUGUUGAGGAAGCCUAUGAGUUGAUUAAAACAAUGGCAGUUGAGCCUCAUGCUGGUGUAUGGGGAGCUUUACUCAGUGCAUGCAGGACCCAUGGCAAUGUUGAAAUUGGUGAAAUUGCGGCGAGGGAGCUCUUCAUAAUCGAACCUGAGAAUCCUGGUAACUAUGUGCUGCUCUCUAACAUCUAUGCUAGGGCCCACAUGUGGGCUGAUGUUGCAAAGGUCAGGCGUUGGAUGAGAGGACAAGGCGUGCCCAAAACGGCAGGUUGCAGUUGGAUUGAGACAAAUAGCAGUGUACACAAGUUCUUAAUUGGAGAUACAGACCACCCUCAAUGCCUGCACAUCUAUGCCAUGUUGAGGCAUCUAUCUCUGCAAUUGGCAUCGGAUGAUUUUGUGUUGGAUUCUGAUUUCAACAUGGAAUAAACAAUUAGUUGCUCCAUUUAUGUGGUCACUGAAACUGAACCAUGGAUCUCCAUUAUUAUAACAAUCACCUUAUGUGCCAAAGGCUAAAAACUCACAACUUGACUUGGUGUUGGAGAGGAUCA